GCUAAAUAUUCUGUCUCUGACCUUUUUUGCUAAAACAGGCUGGAAUAUCGCACCGGGCUCAUUCUGGAAGAGGGUGAAGAUUCUGGAAUAUCGGACCGGGCUCAUUCUGGGUGAGGGUGAAGAUUCUGGAAUAUCGCACCGGGCUCAUUCUGGGUGAAGGUGAAGAUUCUGGAAUAUCGCACUGGGCUCAUUCUGGCAGAUGGCAUUUCAGGACUCAGAAUGGACUGACACUCUUUCGCACUGUGCUGCUCAGAAUCUCACGCAGGAAGAAAUGGACACUCCAGUGGCUUAUUUCGAAACCCGUGGAAAUUGCAACACUUUUGUGGAGGUUUGGAAAGGUCCAGAAAUUCCUAUCCAAAUGAAAUACCUUAAAAUUGAAUUUCAAGAAUCAACACUUACUUCUAAACUAGAAGAGGAGAAAGCAGGCUUGUGUGAAAAUCAAACCAUGAAUGAAGGUCCUGAAGAACAAGUCAUGAAGGUGUUUAACUGCUCAUGUCUGCAAGAUAUCGAUGGUGAUUUGAAUCUCAGUGAUGCUCCGAACCUCACUGAUGAAGAGGAAGGAGAACAGGAUAAACAGAAAAACAUUACCAAAAAAGAAAUGACAGCUGUAGGUUUGAUGGAAAGGAAAACCAGACAGAGAAAAAAAAUAUCCAAGGAGGGAGAUGCUCAAUUAACUUGGAAAACAGCACAAGACAAGAUCAACAAGUUCUUUGGCUAUCAGCCCCUUGGAGGAGACCUCAGCUUCAGGUCAUUGGAGGAGAUGAAAAGUUUGGAAGGAAAAACAAUCUGGAGGGAAUCUGCGAAGGACACAUGCUGUGGUGGAGUGGGUGAUCUGCACUGUGAGGUGGCUAUUACGCAAAGCCAGGAUAGUGCCCACAUGUCACUGGUGAAUAAAAAUCCACCUCUAAACACAGGGCAGAAUCCUGUGUUCCCGAGGACGUCAACAGAGAUGUCACGGCCUUGCAAAUCUUUAUCCACUUUUGGAAAUAGUAUCAUUCACCCUCACAAAGACCACAUAUGUCUAAAUGUUCCUCAAAAGCACAGGCAUUUGUUUUCUUUGGGAGAGAUAACUGAGAAGGAAACAUGCUUCACAAAUGCUCAUAGUCAGCUUUCACCAGCCAAACCAGGGAAACUUUGUCUCCUACCAGGAGAAGCAAAUUAUCUCAGCAUCCUUCUGUCCUUGCCAGGUGCUUACGAUGCUCCUUCAUAAAAUACUGUAAAUGUACUUUGAACAUGAGA